GGCUGCUUGGAUCUCCAUCGUCUUCGUCCCCAUUGGGCGGAGAGCCGGCCUGGCAAGCCAGCGUGGGGCGGCGACGGCGGUGGCAAAGGCAGCCCGGGCCUGGAGCUGGCGCUGCGGCAACCGGGGGCCCAGCCAUGAUGGCCCAGUCGGUGGAGCAGCUGCAGCAGCGGGUCAAGGAGCUGGAGCGGGAACUGGCCCAGGAGAGAGCCCGGAAGGGCGGCGAUGGAGGAGGAGGUGGAGGCCGGAGCCGCAUCGAGAAGAUGAGCCCUGAGGUGGUGGACUCGAACCCUUACAGCCGUCUGAUGGCAUUGAAACGAAUGGGAAUUGUAAGUGACUAUGAGAAAAUCCGCACCUUUGCUAUAGCAGUAGUAGGUGUUGGUGGAGUUGGCAGUGUGACUGCCGAAAUGCUAACAAGAUGUGGCAUUGGUAAGUUGCUACUCUUUGACUAUGACAAAGUGGAACUGGCCAACAUGAAUAGACUUUUUUUCCAACCUCACCAAGCAGGACUGAGUAAAGUUGAAGCAGCAGAACAUACCUUGAGGAACAUUAAUCCUGACGUUCUUUUUGAAGUGCACAAUUACAAUAUAACAACAAUAGAAAACUUUCAACAUUUCAUGGAUAGGAUAAGUAAUGGUGGAUUAGAAGAGGGAAAGCCCGUUGACCUAGUUCUUAGCUGUGUGGACAAUUUUGAAGCUCGAAUGGCAAUAAACACAGCUUGUAAUGAACUUGGACAAACAUGGAUGGAGUCAGGGGUCAGUGAAAAUGCUGUUUCUGGACAUAUACAGCUCAUCAUUCCUGGAGAAUCUGCCUGUUUUGCGUGUGCUCCACCACUUGUAGUCGCAGCAAAUAUUGAUGAAAAGACUCUGAAACGGGAGGGUGUUUGUGCGGCCAGUCUUCCCACCACUAUGGGAGUAGUCGCCGGGAUCUUGGUACAGAAUGUGUUAAAGUUUCUGUUAAAUUUUGGUACUGUUAGUUUUUAUCUUGGAUACAAUGCAAUGCAGGAUUUUUUCCCAACUAUGUCCAUGAAGCCGAAUCCUCAGUGUGAUGACAGGAACUGCAGGAGGCAGCAAGAAGAGUAUAAGAAAAAGGAGGCAGCAUUGCCCAGACAGGAGGAGAUAGUUCCAGAAGUGGAGGAAAUAAUCCAUGAAGACAACGAGUGGGGUAUUGAGUUGGUAUCUGAGGUUUCGGAAGAAGAACUGAAGAAUUCUUCAGGUCCAGUUCCUGAUUUACCUGAAGGAAUCACAGUGGCAUAUACAGUUCCCAAAAAGCAGGAAGAUUCUGCACCAGGGGUAGCAGUGGAAGAUACUGGUGAAAGCUUGGAAGACCUCAUGGCCAAGAUGAAGAAUAUGUAGAUAACGAACUGAGCUAUAUUUUAUUUCCUGUGUUUAAAUGAAGUU